CGUGCACUAGAAAAGCCGGAGAGCAUAACGCCACCGCGUCACUUUGAGGGCGGAUAUCGGCCGGUCCUCAUCCUCUCUUCCUCCUGCUCUUCCUCCUUCCCUGCACUCUCCCACUCGGUCUCCAUCAGCCUUCAUGGUUCUGAUCUCAGCCCACGCCAUGCAAGCCACCCGGGCGUCCACCACCGUCAGUGUGUUUGCGGACUGCAGCAUCCCGGCCGGGCUCCGGAUAGGACCGGUACCGGGCAUCUUCAAACUCGGGAAAUACGCGUCGGACCGUAAGGAAGUUGGACCCAAGAAAAAGAUCCGCUUGGUACGGGGAGAGUUCGUGGAUGAGUCGGCCUGUCCCGUGCCAGACUGGAUCGGAUUCAUCCGCGCCGCCAGAAACAGUCAAGAACAAAACCUGGAGGCUGUGUCGGACUUACCUGGCGGACAGAUUUUCUACCGCGUGCUGAGAGAAAUCCCUUCAGGAGAGGAGCUCAGUGUCUGGUACUCCAACGCUCUGGCUCAGUGGUACGACAUCCCCACCACGGCCACUCCCACACACGACGAGAAAGGUGAGGAGCGUUACAUCUGCUGGUACUGCUGGAGAAUAUUCAAAUACCCGAACACACUCAAGGCCCACGUCCACUUCCACUGCGCCCUGAGCAAUGGGCGGGGGUUUGUGAACAGCGAGCAAGCCAGAGGCACGGAGACCUUCAGCAGGUCACCAAAAUCUGGAGACAUCCCCAACACUUCCACCUUUCCGAGGAGCGGCCACAGUAUCUCUUCCAUGUCAGACUCUGGCAGGCGGGGACUGUCCUCCUCGCCGUUUCUACACAAAGUGGGACUGUCAAAGAAAAGCAGCUCAGAGGAGCAGGACAGGGCCCUCGACAUGAGCGUUACCUCUGCCAGAAACCAAGGACACAUCCUCGGCCUCGGCGCCACAUCCUCAGUGCUGAGCAGCAUGGGCUUCCACCCGGGUGUGCGCUCUGCCUUCAAACCGACCGGCGUCUCCAAAGUCCCGGGCGCGGACGCCUCCAGAGAGGACGCAAAUGGGAAGCUGAGCGGCCUGGGAUUCAGCAAACUCAUUGGAAACAUGAAACCUAUCCGUAAUGUAGGCGAGACUCUAAAUGGAGCAGGGAACCCCCCUCCCAAGUGUACACCUGCAAUUAUGGACUCCGCAUCUCCAAUGGUGCCAUGCACAAACGCUAUCCGAGGCUUCCCGUUGCUGCCUCACAUAGAGGAGAACUCAGCUUUUAAGCACGUAGAGAGUCGGAUGCACUCCGGCCUGUCCCCAUCCCGUUACCCCCAGAUGCCCCCUGGACUCCAAUUUGAGAGGUUCUCUCUCCCUCACUUCGACGGCGUCAAGACAUAUGGUGGAGACUGUAACAUCCCACUCAUGCCCCUCACUGUCUACAACGGGGAGCUCCUGUACAGCUCGCCUUACUAUCCGCUAAAAUUCCACUUCAGCAACCUCCUCAAGUACCCGGAGUCCAUGUCAUACUUUGGCGCGCCCUCACUGAACCAUGACCUGGGCUCCAUCACCAACAUCGACCGGGAGAUCGCCAUGCACACGCAACAGCUGUCUGAAAUCGCGGCGGAGAAGAACCGGACGAGGCUGGACUCAAUGCCCACCGGGAGCGCCAGCAAUGCCGGGUCUGGCAAACCGAAAAAGGGACACCUGUGUCUGUAUUGCGGCAAGCUGUACUCGAGAAAAUACGGCCUGAAAAUCCACAUGAGGACUCACACAGGUUACAAGCCGCUCAAGUGCAAAGUGUGCUUCAGGCCGUUUGGAGACCCCAGCAACCUGAACAAACACAUCCGGCUCCACGCGGAGGGGAACACGCCCUACAGGUGCGACUUUUGUGGCAAGGUGCUGGUGCGGAGGCGGGACCUGGAGAGGCACGUCAAGUCCAGACACCCGGGCCAGACCGUCAAGAAAUUGGAGGACAAACCGGGCGGCGUGUUCGAGGACGCCGAGCAAAAGAGCGACAAUGACAGUGAUGUGGACGUGUGCUUCACCGACGACCAGAGCGACCAAGAGUCGAGCAAAAAUAAUGACUGAGAAGCUUUCAUGCCCAGGAGAGAGACUGCUCAUUGACUUUAAUUUAUGUACACAAGAAAACAUGUCAAGUUUACUGAAGCUUGAAUCUUUACAUUUUAGACAUUGACCCAAUGGCGUCAGAACUACAUGGCACCACAUUGUCCAAACGUAAUGAUAAUUCGCAGUUGAAGUAUUACUUUUGGAUUCAAGGGGGACUUCUUUUUUUUGUUUGGUGUUUCAUCGUGACUUAUUCGAGAGAAAAAAAUAAUUAUCCUAGCCUAUAUUU